UCUCUCAUAACUCAUUUUAAAGGUACAUCAUCAAGUUCCAAUUCCGGAUGUUUGCAUUUCUAGAGAUUUUACGAUGAAUACCUUGAAGUUCUCGCGUCGUGAAAAUUAUCAUCCUUGUGACGACGCCUCGACUGGAGAGCGUCUUAUGCAUCGCCUCUGUCCUCGUUCGUUACGCAGAUUUUUCUCUCGAUGGCUUCCAAAAAAAGAAACUGAGCCGAAGUCAAAGACCGAUCUUGAAGAAGCCACCAGCGAGGAGCUUCAUCACUUGAUGACGAAAGUCGAUGAUUUGCUGAAGGUGCACAAUAAAGAUGAUUUACGCAGGAACGGAGGAGAUCAAGAGACUGAAGAAUAUUGGCUUUUGCAGUGUAUUGUGUGCGUGAAUGCUCGAGCCAUGUUGGAAACAUAUCCAUGCCGUCAUGCUGUGCUUUGCAAGGCGUGUUUUCUGAAGACAAUCCAAGUAGCCAUAUAUCGAGGAAUUCUGCCACUACAGUGCGUCCUGUGUCGUUCUGAAAUCUACAGCAUCUGUGAAAUUUCGGAUUUUGAGGACGAGCCUCCCGCUAUCGUGCUGAAACAAGCUCCACGAUCGGCCUCCAAGUGGAAUGGUGGUAACCUUGGGAAUGUGUUGAGAACUCCUUCAAACGAAUGCGAAUUUUUUAUGGAAAUGUUGAGACAUCCGGAUGAGCCAAGCUUAUUAGGCCCAACACAGACUAAGAAACCACGAAGACCAACGCUCUACGAGAAAGUUUCUAAUUUCUCCAAUGCUCUCCCGAAGUCAACCAGUUCAUCUGUGAGAGGAAGAAGGAUUCUUCAAAAAGGACGUGUUUCCCCAACCAUUCGGACGAAAGGAAAAACUGAUGCGAAGCGAAAUUUGAAGUCUCCCGAACUGCUGUCACCGCAGGAACAGUUUCGUUACCAAUUUCAUGAAGGCAAAAUAGCUGCCAUGCGAGAACGCAAGCUUCGACAAGAAACUUGGAAGUGAACGUGAAAUUACCAUGGCGAUUUGAUUGUGUUCUUUUGAAUUCCUUUCUAUUCCUAUGCGUGUGGAAUGUGCCCCUCCACCGUAUGCAACCAAUAGAUUUGAUGUAGUAUUCUAGUUUAAAAUUGAUAGUUUAAAUGUGUGGGAUGACCUAACAAAGUCUUCGAAACCAGAUCUAGUCGUCACUGAUAUUUCUCUGAUCUCAUUUGAUUAAAACCAGUUUUCGUAUGAAAAAUGAAGGAUAGUGCCUAGGUGUUCGAAAAAGUGCUAUUUCGGUAGAUGGAAGAAUAAAAAAGUUUUGUUAUAUAUGUUCAA